GUGCCUGCCAAUCAAAAAUGUCUGCACCAUUGGCUUAUGAUGGCACAUAUUUGAAAUCUAUUUCCGGUAUUUUAAAAAUCUGUUGCAUGAUAUGCUGCUUCCUUGGAUUCCUGUGUAUUGUUUGCAGUUCGGUGCAAUUGCACAAUUUUCGUGGCUGUUUCUACAAUGUAAUGGUUGGACUGUCAUUUCUGCUUUCCGGCAUUAUGCUGCUCGCGCGACUCUUUCAAGUAUGGCAGCGUAAAUUCUUAACAUUUAAUGCCAUCAAAUAUGAAUUGUACGUGAAUGCCUUUUUGGCGUGCUGUUGCUUUAUUGGCGGCUGUGUCAGUAUCUCGCUGGAUGUGAUAGCGUAUACAGUGGCAACAUUCUUUAUUUUCCUCGCAUUUAGCUUCUAUACAUUCGAUGCCUAUUUGUGUUAUCGCAUCUAUCGUCAGUGUGAUGCUCAAACGCAGACUCAAAUCCCAGUGCCAACACAAGUGGCUUAGCUUAACCAAAA